AUGGGAUUUUCCACAAAUUCCUAUCACUCUCUGUGUCUUCUCACACUCAUUCUCCUUCAAGUGACCAGACUGGAUUCAGUUUACUUUGACGUGAUUGGACCUCCAGGUCCCAUCCUGGCAAUAGUAGGUGAAGAUGCCAGGCUACCCUGUCAUCUGUCCCCAAAUAUGAGUGCUGAGCAUAUGGAGCUGCGAUGGUUCCGGGAGGUCUCCUCAGCGGCAUUGGUAUAUCGGGAUGGACAACAACAAGAAGAAGAGCAGAUGGCUGAGUACCUAGGGAGAACCACACUGGUGGAGGAUGAUAUCAAUGUGGGGCGUGUAGCCAUGAAGAUACAUGGGGUAAAGGUUGCUGAUGGCGGAGAAUACAGAUGCUUUUUCAGGCAGAACGAAAGCUAUGAAGAAGCCAUUGUGAAUCUGAAGGUGGCUGCUCUGGGUUCUGAUCCUCACAUUUCCGUGGAAGUUCAAGAAAAUGGGGAAAUCCAACUAAAGUGUACCUCAGUGGGAUGGUAUCCAGAUCCCCAGGUGCAGUGGAGAACUCCUGAGGGAAAGACAUUUCCAUCUACAUCAGAGUCUAGGAUUCCUGAUGGAGAAGGAUUGUUCACGGUGGCAGCUUCAGUGAUCAUCAGAGAUACCUCCCUGGAGAAUGUUUCCUGCUGCAUUCAGAACCUUCUUCUUGGCCAGAAUAAGGAAGUGGGGCUUACCAUACCAGCUCCCUUUUUCCCAAGUCUGGCGCCCUGGAUGGUGAUUGUGGUUGUAUUUGUGACAGUACUUGGACUUCUCAGCAUUGGGUCCAUAUUUUUUACUUGGAAACUAUACAAAGAAAGAUCUGGAAUGAUUAAGGAUAAAUUCAGCUCUAAAGAGAAACUCUUGGAAGAGCUCAAAUGGAAAAAGGCUACACUACAUGCAGUUGAUGUGACUCUGGAUCCAGACACUGCCCAUCCUCACCUCUUUUUAUAUGAAGAUUCAAAAUCUGUCCGACUGGAAGAUUCUCGUCAGAAACUACCUGAUAAACUAGAGAGAUUUGACUCCUGGCCUUGUGUGUUAGGCCGUGAGACCUUCACCUCAGGGAGACAUUACUGGGAGGUGGAGGUGGGAGACAGGACUGACUGGGCUAUUGGAGUAUGUAGAGAGAAUGUGAUGAAGAAAGGAUUUGAUCCCUUGACUCCAGAAAAUGGGUUUUGGGCUGUGGAACUAUAUGGAAAUGGGUACUGGGCCCUCACCUCACUCAGGACCCCUCUCCUGUUGGCAGAACCUCCCCAUCGGGUUGGGGUUUUCCUGGACUAUGAAUCAGGAAAUAUUUCCUUUCACAACAUGACUGAUGGUUCCCUUAUCUAUAAUUUUCUCAAUGCCUCUUUCUCUGGCCCCCUCCGGCCAUUGUUCUGCUUGUGGUCCAGUGGUAAAAAGCCCCUGACCAUCUGCCCAAUCACAGAUGGGCAUGAGGGAGUUACAGUUAUAGUGGAUGCCAAGGACUUUUCUAAGGAGAUUCCACUGUCCCCCAUGGGGGAGAACCAUGCCUCUAGAGAUACAGACACUCUUCAUUCUAAACUAAUCCCUACCCAGUCCAACCAAGGGACAGUUUAA